CUCUCCCUCUCCCUCUCUCUGGUUUCCUCCAUUGCAAACCAAGCUUCUUCCUUUCCAGCUUGCCAAGGCCCCUCAAGGGAUUCACAGAGAGAAAACACCCACCAACCAUUUUACCCACCUUUUCUUUUGAACUCCCCUUAAAAUCCACCCAACAUAUUUUACAUUAUAUAUAAAAUUCUCUCUCUCCCUCUCAACUUCUUCUCCCCCUACAUUUCCCCUUGAAAAGAUUAGAUUUUUGUCUGGCCUUACCUCCCUCUUUUCUCAUUAAUUUAUGAUUCUCUGAAUUCCCUUUGGCCCACUUGAGAGGCCACAGCCCUCCUCUACUUGCAAACUACUCCUCUCUUCAUCCUUGGCUUUUUGGACAUCUGGGUUUUGGUGGGUUUGUGUUAUUUCAGGUCUACAUUGGCCUAUCUAUGCUUGUUGAGUCUUAGUUGGCUAAAAAGGAAGCUCCUUUUUCUCUUCUCUGGGUGCUCAAGGAAGAAGAUCAAGGGGGUUAGCUUAGAUCCCUGCAAAGGUUGGAAUGUCUUGAGUUUUUUCUUUCUGCUGGCACUGAAACUUUGAGCAUCAAGCCAAUUUUGUUAUCUAAAUCCAGAGGAUCAACAAUGUCAUCUGACAGUUCUUUGAAUGUGCAAUUAUCGAAGAAGAUAUUGGGUAUAAAACUAUGGGUUUUGAUUUGUCUAAGUGUUGGUGCAUUUAUUAUCUUGAUCCUGUGUUUCUUAUCCAUCUGGGUGACAUUUCGGAGGAAAUCUAGAAGAUCUGUAGACAAAUUUUCAGUCAGCCAAAUACCACCCUCGAAAGAUAUCUGGAUUGAUAGGGUAGGGACUCAGAGUAGACAUGAUCACCCUGAUAAUUUAUUUCUUACAGUACAUGAUAAAGCAACUGAUAAGAAUUCAGAGAACAUGUUAGCUCAUUUAGGCAUGAGCAAAUCAAGUGAUCCUGACAACAUGAGCCAGUGUAGUUCAGUUUAUCACCAUGAGAGGGCAUUCAGUUCACAGUCAGGAGACGAAGGAAGCUCCGGGACUGUCCGAAAACAUCCAUCAUUGUCACAAGGAGGACUUGUAACGGCCUCUCCUCUAAUUGGUUUGCCAGAAGUUUCUCAUCUUGGGUGGGGCCACUGGUUUACCCUUAGGGAUCUGCAAUUUGCUACAAAUCGAUUUACUGCUGAAAAUGUACUUGGUGAGGGUGGAUAUGGGGUUGUUUACAAGGGCAGACUCAUAAAUGGAACUGAGGUGGCAGUGAAAAAGCUUCUAAAUAACAUGGGACAGGCGGAGAAAGAAUUUAGGGUUGAAGUGGAGGCUAUAGGCCAUGUUCGGCAUAAAAAUCUUGUGCGGCUUCUCGGUUAUUGCAUCGAAGGGGUUCACAGGAUGCUGGUGUAUGAAUAUGUAAAUAAUGGAAACCUAGAACAGUGGCUGCAUGGGGCCAUGCGUCAACAGGGCACUCUUACUUGGGAGGCCCGCAUGAAGGUGAUUCUUGGCACUGCCAGAGCGCUUGCUUAUCUACAUGAAGCUAUAGAACCAAAAGUUAUCCACAGAGAUAUAAAAUCAAGCAAUAUUUUGAUUGAUGAUGAGUUCAAUUCCAAGGUUUCAGAUUUUGGGUUGGCCAAACUUUUGGAUUCAGGGGAAAGUCACAUAACCACUCGAGUAAUGGGAACAUUUGGUUAUGUGGCACCAGAGUAUGCUAAUACUGGCUUGUUAAAUGAGAAGAGUGACAUUUACAGUUUUGGUGUCCUCCUUCUUGAAGCAGUUACCGGCAGGGACCCCGUGGACUACGGUCGGCCUACUAAUGAGGUGAAUCUUGUUGAGUGGCUGAAACUGAUGGUAGGCGCAAGACGAGCAGAGGAGGUUGUGGAUCAAAACCUUGAAGCAAAACCUAGUACACGGUCUUUAAAACGUGCCCUUUUGGUUGCACUUAGGUGUGUUGAUCACGAGGCAGAGAACAGACCUAAAAUGAGCCAGGUUGUGCGUAUGCUUGAAGCUGAUGAAUACCCAUUCCAAGAGGAUCGAAGGAACAGAAAGACUCGUACAACAAGCAUGGAAAUUGAAUCUUUGAAGGAAAAUUCUAUCUCAGGUGAUACAGAAAACAAGCCAGGGGAUCUGGAGAACCAAAUAGCCAAGACAAUUCAUGCAUAGGACUGACGAAAAACAUAAUCUACAUAUACAUCUCAAAGUGUCUUUUACAAAAUAUAUAUUAAUUCAAGAGAGGGGAUUUGGAUUGGAGAUGGCCAUGGCCUGCUUCAACCAUGAAGCAUUCGACUCUGAUUCUUCGAGAAUGAAGGAAGGGUAACCCCAACUCCAUUAGCAGGGAAUUUUCAGAGAGGGAGGGAGAGAGAGAGAGCCCCUUGUUGUACAGACGUUUCUUGGGGAAUCAAUGAGCUGUUCAUCAUACAAUGAUUGUAUUUUUUUCUCUUUUCCUCCCCAAAUUUUUAGGUCAUUACUGUUCUUCAUUUAUGAAGGUUGAAUGGCUCCCAUUACUUACUAUUUACUCUAUUAAUUUAAUUUAAAAUUUAUCAUGUUCUAUCCAAAAACAAUUGCUAAUGAUGAAGAUGAUUGGCUUU